CAUCUCUUACAUUGAACUUUAAAUCUGAUUAUGUUUUUAACCGUUCGAGAAAUAUAAAGAUGUCUCUUGUAAGUCAAUUAGCAUUGGUUGUCCUCUGUUUAGCUUCUGUCUUGGAGGAGGCGUCUACAUUUGACUGUGGGUGUUCGCUAGUGACCAGGUACCUGGCCCUGAUUUCUGGUGAGUACAGUAACGCUGGGGAUGUUGGGACUGUAGGCCCAGCCUCAACACAGGAUGUUCUGUACAUGAAGUUUCAACAGGUGGACGUCCCAGCCCUCGAACCUAGUAAAUCUCUAUACUUUGAAGAGAAAAUCAACUCUGUUCUAUUUAGACGUGAGAUCAUGGCGGUAAGCCAGACUAGCCAGGGCUAUAUCAGGAUGUUACCCUAUACAUUCACGCUACCUGCGGGGUCAGGGAAUUUGAAUCUCUCCAUGUUCAGCGACAUGCCUCUCUCUUCACUCUCAACACGUCCGGAGUGUGAAACUAUCUACAGACCAGUGGAGUACAAUGUGUUCAUUGGCGCCUCCCCAGAGUGUAGUGGUCAUCUUGAAGGGAAAAUUGCAACCUACACUGGAAUCGUGAGCUGUAACUCUAUAUCAGGUGCCUCUACUUUAAACAACAUCUUCCCUGAGGUCUUCAGCAGGAUCCCCUACGCUCUUUGGAAGAUAAACAGCAUACCUCUACUGUCUUAUGGUGCAUGUGACGAGAUUGUCAUUGAUCAAAUAUGUAGCUGUUAAGUUACU